AUGUCUUUGCAAGCAAAACUCAAAGCGGCUACUUUUGACGACAUUGUCACCGAUCAGGUUGCGAUAAACCGGUUCACCAAUGCACGGGACAGGCUGACCAGACUUCGGUCCGUUGCUGGUGUUGUGAUCAAAGACAUUCCUGUUGACCUCUUGCGGAUAUUGGUGGGGGUAUCAAGACUGAAUCUCGGAUCGCCUACAGAAAUGAAGAAAGCAGACAUGAAGAAAGGAGAUUAUUGUGAAUUUAUUGGUACCAAAGUACAAGAAUAUCAAAUCGCAAAAGCAAACGGAACGCUAGCAACAAUGUACAACCCUGCACCAACGAUUGUGACUGUGAGAAAGUGGAACAUUAUUAGAUUGAUCAAGUGCCUACUCUGUGAAGCAAUGCACUCAAUUCUAGACAAGCGAAAUGGUAGUCUUACCAGAGAAGAGCUGAAUGAUCAGAAGAGAACUGGGCAAACCUUCCAUGAAUGGCUCAUGGUACUGUACCACGAUCUUUCCCAAUUCAAAAAAUCCGCUUAUCCAGACAUCUACAAUGACCCCCUGGAUACUAUUUGUGGCACGUACCAGUGA